UAUCACUGUCCAAGCCAAUAAUCCUACUGUGAUGCCCCUCUUGAUCACAUGUUUUAUGCGAUCACAUGGAUCAGAUUAUUCUCUGGAGUAUUUUAGCAAUUUUCCAUGUACAAUCCACGCAAUCUGACGUAUCGACUGGUUUCAACUCCCAGGGAGUAAAUUUUUUGCAUUUCUCUAACCCUAAUUUAUUCCUCUAAACAGUCUCAAGCUCUAGAGGAACCAGCAAAGAAAUGGAGAUCUCGAAAAUGGCGAUUUUUUCUGCAAUUUUCUUGGCCAUGGCUCUCUUUUCAGCCGCAUCAGCAGCAUCUGUUGAUUCUCCAUUUAUCGUGGCUCACAAGAAGGUAUCUGUUUCCAGGUUUGCUCCGGGGGUUGAGAGGCUCGCUGUGUCCGUAGAUCUUUACAAUCGAGGAACAGCGACUGCAUAUGAUGUGAGCCUGACUGAUGAUAGUUGGACUCCUGAGUUGUUCAAUAUCAUAACUGGCAGCACCUCCAAGUCAUGGGAAAGGCUUGAUGCUGGUUCUUCUGUGUCCCAUUCUUUUGUGUUGGAAUGCCAAAUAAAACAAGUUUUCUAUGGGGCACCUGCAGUCAUCAGAUUUCGUGUGCCUUCCAAAGCAGCAUUGCAGGAGGCUUAUUCAACCCCUAUUCUGCCUUUGGAUUUACUUGCUGACCGUCCUCCAGAAAAGAAGUUUGAAUGGAAAUGGGUUGCCAAGUAUGCGCCUCUACUUACUGUACUCUCACUUGUGGGGCUUUUCAUACACACGGUUGCUAGCCCCUCCAAAUCAAGUGCAGCUAAAUCAGGCAAGAAAAGGCGUUGAUCGAGGUCAGGAUGUAUCCCGGUAUUCCUCUGGUGCUCAAUUUGGAGUCAAAGAACUUGUACCUUUUGGGUGCAUAUUUUGGAGGUCUUCUUUUUAGAGAUAUAACUUAUCCAUUGCCAAAUCUUUUCGUCAACUGAGAAUGCCGGUAACAACAUCAUGAUCUCUAUAGAAAUUACAUGAGACUUCCGACUAAAGGUUGCCUACUUAGGGGCACAGUUUUGUUAUUGGCUUUGGGCUGUUUCGUAGUUAGGGAUGCCCUUGAGAUAUUAAGAAUUAAUGAACUAAACUUCCUCAAACGCUGUCUUCAUUUUGGGGUUGAUGUUCUUUUUGCUUUUUCAGUAGGAUUCUUGGAAAGUAAUAUUUUAUUGUCACCAUAUCUAGCACAGUAAACCUCAAAAGUUUUUUAUGAACCUAUGUAAUAUGAUUAUUAUUUCUCUGGAGCUUUAUGACGCCUAUAAUUCAAUUCGCUUA